UGGUGACAAUGGCAACGGUGGUGACAAUGGUAACGGUGGUGACAAUGGCAACGGUGGUAACGGUGGUGACAAUGGCAACGGUGGUAACGGUGGUAACGGCGGCAGCGGUGAUGAUUGCUCUGGCCCUGAUGUUGAUGGAAACCUCAUUGGUGUUGGUGCCAAAUGUAUUCUCAACAAUCUUCAUGUCGAAGACGUUGCUAAGAACAUUGAUAUUGCCAAGAACAUCGAUGCCAAGGGACUUAUCAGCGACAACGAUGUCCAAGUUCUUUAAGUUCGUUAAUCUAUUGAUACAACAGUUCAUCUCAUUCGCAUUAUACAUUCAUAACAAACUACUUCAUCUUUCAUGCAUGAACUUCAUUUUCAUUCAUACAAAACUUUUAUAUCAUUUCUCUUCUAAUAAAAUAAUUUUGUUAUAAUCUUUCUUA